AUGUUUGACUCGGAAUACUUCAAGAGCCUUCUAAAUGAAACAACAGCACUGAUAGCUAACAAGGUGGAUGAGGGAAGCAAUGGGGAGGAGAUGGAAGCUCGCAUUGAAAGCAACAUCACGACAUUAAAGUACCUUACAAGGAAAAUAACAGAUGAAGAGCUGCGUAGUAAGACUCUAAAAAGAAUAGACAUGCUGUGUGCUGAGCCAGAGGUGUUUGAGAUGAACGAAGUAAGGAACAGGGCACCUGGGAUUAGAAAGAGUAGUGAAUUCUCAGAUAGGAUAGAAAGAGACAUUCUCAAGUAUACUAAAAGGUUACAUGGAAAGGUUAAGGAGUUUAUGGAGAGUGUGGAUGUGGACAGUAAGGUUCUGGGCGAGGUGACAGAUAAGAUGUCUAGAAAUUUGAUGGGGACAUCUGAGACACUAAGAUCUUUAAAGUUAAAAGGCCGAAACAUUCCUGCCUUAGGAAUUCUUACCUCUGUGAUGGCUACCUUUAUUGUGAUGUAUUUUGUCAUAAGAUUUUUGUAG